UGGUGACGGGAGGCGGGGCACGGCGGUUGUGGGUAACUGACGCCUGUACUUCACGGUGGCUGCGGCGCGCGUGGAGAGGCCUGGCCCCGCGUGGGGCCGAGCCGGCGCGAGGCUGCCGCCGGUGAGCCUGAAGCACGGGCCACGCACGCAGGGCCCAAUCUUUUGGGCCGUGAGCGGCCGCGGCGUUGGCGGCGAGACCUCCCAGAUGCCGGUUGGGGCUCUUAGGAGCGGAGCGCAGGCUGGGCCCGGGCCGCGGGCGGGAUAAGAGUCCGACGGGCCUGCUCGCCCCGCGCGUGGAUGCGGCGGCGGCGAUGGACGCCCUAGAGGAAGAGAGCUUCGCCCUGUCCUUCUCUUCCGCCUCCGAUGCAGAAUUUGAUGCUGUGGUUGGAUAUUUAGAGGACAUUAUCAUGGAUGACGAGUUCCAGUUAUUACAGAGGAAUUUCAUGGACAAGUACUACCAGGAGUUUGAAGACACAGAAGAGAAUAAACUCACCUACACACCUAUUUUUAAUGAAUAUAUUUCUUUGGUAGAAAAGUACAUUGAAGAACAGCUCCUGGAACGGAUUCCUGGAUUUAACAUGGCAGCUUUCACGACAACUUUGCAGCAUCAUAAAGAUGAAGUGGCUGGUGACAUAUUUGACAUGCUGCUCACGUUCACAGAUUUUCUGGCUUUUAAGGAAAUGUUUCUGGACUACAGAGCAGAAAAAGAAGGCCGGGGACUGGAUUUAAGCAGUGGUUUAGUGGUGACUUCAUUGUGUAAAUCAUCCCGUGCCAGCUUCCCAGAAUGAUCUGCGACACUAGGCCCUGCCACCAGGCAGAGAUAUCUUCCUGGACGUCGCCAGCCCCAUAGACUGGAAGAGGCUUUGGCUAUGUGACAGAAUACAUCUUGGAAAGACGG